AUGAGCCACAUGAUCCCCUCCGGACAAUACAAGAUCAAGAAUGUCUUGUAUGCAGACCGGUACGUCUACAUGUCAGAAAGCGGGGAGGUCGUCGGCCACGACGUCGGUCAAGUCAUCAAAGUCGAUGUCAAGGACAAGGCUCAGCAUCUUGCGACUCUCUAUGAUACUGCGACAAAAUUGUACCUUGCAAUCGACCAGAUGGGCGGCAAAGUCAAAGGCCAGAAAGACGCCCAGGUGCUCCAGUUGUCCAGCGACGACGGCGUCAAAUUUGAGAUCCAUCCAAAGGACUUCAACGACGUGUGGUUUCUCGCAGACGAUCACUGCUCAGGCAGCUCCCCCCUCGGACGCGAAGUACUGGGAAUUCGAACAGGCGUAAUAGGUGUUUCGAAAUGCAAGGAGCUGGAUAUCCAAGUAGCAGCUGCCAGCGGGCUGCUGUUGCUCUGUCCCGUCUGUCGAAGAAUGCUUUCACUGGGAGAGAUACUGCAGACUCCUUACCAACAACUCUCUUUGAUGUGUGCGGGUGGCGCUGGACGUAGCAGUUGUUCAACACUAGAGGAAGAUAGCCUCAUCUGGAACCAAGAGUCGGUCAGCCAUGACACGGUGUCCCCUUCGGUAUUUCCGCCCCAUCCUCUUUUGCCGUCGUAUUUGCAUUUCGAUUUCCUUAGGUUCCCGCAUUAUGCCUCAGCUGAUAUCGAGUUCGGCAUCUCAGUUCUAGUGGCUCACGUCAAUUAUUCAAGGUUAUCCCUGACACUGGGAAAUGAAAUCACUUCCCCCGCAUACAACGCGCCAGAUAGCUCUAAGUUCUCCAUCAACUACCAGAGUGACUCCAAGGCUAUUUCCCAAGAUGGCCUCUGUACCGGAGACAUCUCUACCAGUUACCAGGACUUUCCUGCGGGUUGUGGUAGGGUCCAGCUCGGCUUGAUAGUGCUCAGGCAUCCUCAGAUCGUAGACCGGGCCCUUCUUGACGGCUCAGGCGGCUUCACCUACGAAAAUAUGUGCCAAUGA